AUGGAGGAAAAGGUUCCAUCACGAAAAACCUCAAAAAUAGCAAGGGUUGAAGAAACAGACCAAGAAACAACAGAAAUUUCCGUUACAUCAGCCGAAGAAUCACAAUCAAUGAGAGCGGAAAGAACAAAUUUAGCCAAAAGUGAAUCAAGUGAAGCAAAGGAUGAACCUGACCUUGAAAUGGAUGCUAAACAAGCUGUAGUUGAAGCUGGAGUAGCUGAAAUUAAUGCUGAAGUACCAAUUGAAGAGUUGAAAGACGAGAUUAUCAUUGAAGAUAUUGAAGAUGAAGUAAAAAAAAUACCUGAAGAGGAAAAAGAUAACAAAGAUAAGAAAUAUGCUGCCGUUGAUGAACGCAAAUCUCCGCCACCAGCCAGACAAAUUAUUUCAUCUCCUCCACGCAGGCGUUCGCCAUCGCCAAUCAGAAAGCGUCAGGAGCGAUCACCGUCACCGAUAAGGAGAGAAGUAAAUCACGAAAUUUCAUAUAAGUCAUAUGAUCAAGAUACGCAUCGACAAAGAGGCCCUCCUCCUCGUACGCCAACUUAUUUAUCAUUUUCAUCUUAUAUCCCAGUCGAGAAAACAGCGUACUCUCCAAUCAGUCCAUGGGUACAAAAUGCUGCGCAAAAAUAUCGGAACGAUUACACUGCCGUUUCAACUUACAAGUCUCCAUCGAUUUACACUUCGAUAUUUGAUGACAUUGUCAAUUCGGGUCCAUUUUCAAGCGAUUUGUACUCAACGAGUCGUCUUCUUGAACGUUCACGUAGUCGCUCUCGAGAGUUAAGAAACGCGCUUCGUUCAAAGCGUUCAACCAGCAAUUAUUACCGCUAUACUUCGAACUAUGCGACACCACCACUUCGAACUCGUGACUACUCGACACCACCGUUUUCAUCUGUAUACCGCUCUUCUUCACGUUCCGGCUCAUUCAUUUCCUUCUUGGAAUAUAGUGGACAGAAACAAUAUGAGCUUUCAAGGAGUUCGAGCCGCUACUCAGCUCUUGAUGGAUUAAGCCGAGCAAGCUCACGUUCGAAUGUUGAUAUGUUCUACAACGGGGGACGUUUGUCACGAGUGGAUAACUACGUACGUAAUUUGAAUCGUAAGACAGAAUAUGGUUUCCCGAG